AUGAGGGAAGGGGAAACUAGUGCUCUACGUCUGACUACAGUGUCAGAAUCUGUGCUUCCGGGACUUUGCCACUCAUGGAAUGUGCAGGUGUUAUUCUUAAUGAUAUUUUCUAUGCUUUACCUGAUCAUUGUAUCUGGAAAUAUUGUCAUCAUGAUCUUAAUCAUCACUGACCCUCAUCUCCAUUCCCCCAUGUACUUCUUGUUGGCCAACCUGUCUUUUGUUGAUAUGUGGCUUUCUUUAGUCACCACUCCUAAGAUGAUUGCAGACUUUCUGAGGGAGAACAAGACUAUUUUCUUUGGAGGCUGCAUGUGCCAGAUCCUCUUUGUGCAUUUUGUUGGAGGGGGUGAGAUAGUGCAAUUUGUGCUAAUGGCCUGUGACCGCUAUGUGGCCAUCUGCAAGCCACUCCACUAUCCUACCAUUAUGAGCCUGCACAAAUGCUUUGGGCUAGUGGUGACUUCCUGGGCCAUUGGCUUUGUGCACGCGGUGAGUCAAAUGGUUGUGAUUGUGCAAUUGCCUUUCUGUGGCCCCAGGGAAAUCGACAGCUUCUUCUGUGAUAUACCACUGGUAAUUAAGCUUGCCUGCAUAGCGUCCUACAACUUGGGGGUAUUAAUGAAUGCUGAUAGUGUGGUUCUGGCCAUGACCUGCUUUGUGCUGUUGCUCAUAUCCUACACAUACAUUCGUCUCACUGUCCGCCAAAGCUCUAAUACAGGUGUGUCUAAGGCCCUCUCCACCUGUACUGCCCACAUCUCAGUGGUGGUGCUCUUCUUUGGGCCCUGAAUCUUCAUCUAUGUGUGGCCACUCAGCAUCACCUGCGUGGACAAGUUUCUUGCUGUGUUUUACUCUGUUAUUACACCUCUCCUAAAUCCAGCCAUUUGUACUCUGAGAAAUAAAGAGAUUAAAAAUGCUAUGAAGAGAUUCAGAAGCUACUACAUGCAUUCCAAGGGAAAUAUUUAA